AUGGGGUGCUGCUUUUCUCGCUCCUCGGGCCCGAAUUCGCCAUACCCAGGCGGUGCCCCCAAUUCCUCCGCCCGACACAUCAACCCUCCGCCCCUGACCCUGCCAGACGGCGUCCAGGCCAGCAGCCACGGCGCAGCCCAACCCGCCGCGUCUUCUCACCACCGCCGCCGCCGCCGAGACCAGGGGCCGCUCGAUCAGCACAUCAAUAAGCCCUUGCGCCAACACGAAUGGGCGUCCAAAGAUCGCAGGUGGACGCGGCGAGAUCUGGACAAGGAGCGCACCGAGUUCUUCGACACUAGAGUCACGGGCCGCCCGGAGAUAUGGCAGACGAUCCAUGCUGCCCUCCAGGUCCUCUGGGACCCUGCGACUGAAGACUCAAACGACGACGGCCUCAACGGCCUCGGCACCGCGCAAUCGAUCCUGUCCGCCGCCGAAAUCUCGUUGCCCACGGGCGACCUCGCCAACGGCGUCUAUGACUCGCUCGGGAAUUACUACCAGCUGCCCCAGUGGGUAGUCGCCGACCCUACCAACCUCGCCGACGAGAGUGACCCCGAUGGCAAGGGCGGCGAUUUGUCUACAGGCGCCGGGGAGACCAUAGCGGCUGAUUUCGACGACAUGCCUGCAGACGACGCUGAAAGAAGGCGGGAAGAAAAAGGCAAGCGUGUGCUCGAUGCGCGGGAGCAAAUAAAAGUCCGAGCGCGUCUGAGUGACUCGGGUCGUGAUAUCGAAGUCUCGGUUGGUAAAACGGACCCAGUCCGAAGUGUCAUACGGACCAUAGCGUCUGAAUCAGCGACCCCUUCUACCAAAAAGAUACGGAUAGCCUACAUGGGCAAGAUGCUCAAGGAGGGCAUAUCUCUCGAAGACCAGGGCUGGCAGACAGAUCACAUCGUCAACGCCCUCGUCUUCAACCGAUAG